CUUGUCUGACUUUACACCUGGUUUUCUUUUAUGAUGAGUUUAAUUUUACAUGCAUACUUAAGAUGCAGGGCUGCAACGAUUCAUCGAGUAAGCCGAAUAACUCGUUUACAAAAAAAUCCUCGAUGCCAAAUUCUUUUCUUCGACGCUUCGUGUAAUCCGCACGACUACGUACUGCUUAGUGAUCACCUUGUUUCACCCGGAGGAUUAUUACUGUCGCACAGUGUGCUUACGCUGCAUUACGUGGAGCGGGUUUGAUUUGGUGGCGCAAUGGAAGAAUACAGGGAAAACAGCGGGGGAAGUCAGAGAAAAAGACGAAAAAUGUCUAAAGUUUGGGACCAUUUUAAACAAAAGAAAAGCGAGAAUACUGUACAGUGUGUCCACUGUAAAACUGAAUUAGCUUUCCACAACAGCACAACGUCAAUGAUACAACAUCUCAACAGAAAGCACCCGGUCUAUGCGUCCAGUCCACAGAGCGGAACCAAUACAAGAUGCAGCUCUAUGCAGGACUUCCGUAAGGAUGUGAACACCACGGUGAAGAGUAAUGCAGCCUGGAAUGAGCUGCUGGUGGCGUUCAAUGCCGCCUUCCCCGACCAGCCUCCCAGCAGCAUGGCCAUGUUGAAGACCUUGUGGAAGCGCAUGAAGGUGGAAAGCAAGAACGCUCUGAUGCAGCGGCAGGAGCAGAUUGUGGCCGACGUGCCCGUCACGGCGCUCACCGAGAUCCAGCACGAGGUCUCCUCCAUGGUCCCCAAUUUGGUAGUGAAGAUGGAGGCCACCGUAGAUGCCGAUGCCAUCGUUAACACCCACAUCAAAGCAGAAUCCGGGACAUUUGCUGUAGGAGCGAGUGACUGCGACCAGGAGGAUAUCACUGCCACCAAAAUUGAUGGCUCGCCGGACCGAGUCUACACCCACACCACUGCCAGUGGCUCCGGCCUCCCUGAUGGGUCACACUGGACCUCUGUCUCGGCAGCCACGACGCCCACGGCUGACGGGGGAAGGACCAAGACUGUUAUAGAAUCUCACUUGGAUGCCAAGGUGCUAGAGCUGUCUGAGAGGGAACACCAGCAGAAAAUGAAAGUGCUACUGGUUAAGGAGCUGAUGCUGGAGGACAAGCGGAAAGCCCUGAAGCAAAAAGAGAAAGCCUACAGGUGCAAGAAGAGGUACUACCAAACAAAACUGCAGAAGCUGGGGGCUGAGGUGCACUCCUCCAGUGAGGAGGACUGACUGCUCUUCUUCCAAAGGCCUUUUUUAUAAUGGUUAUGUAAAACGAAACAAGCAACAUCUACAAUAUAAGAAGAUUUGUUGAUGUUUUUUUUUCAUUAUGACGGUUUUAUACAACAUGCUACACGAUUCCAAUCUGAGGCAGUAACUUCAGGGUCCCGUCGUGCUCUUUGCUGUUUCUUUAGGCCGUUUACAGCGCGUUCUGUAAUGCAGAAACCCCUCGCAUUUUUGCAUUUGACAUUUGCGAUUUCGGUUAUUCGUGAGUCGACCAGUUUGGCAAUUUGACAUGCAUAGUGUACAGUCCAAUGAUGUUUGUCUAGAAAUUGUUAAUGAUAUCGUUUAGAUUGGCAGACUAGUUGAGGUUGGGGGGGGCAAAGAAUUAUUCACAAAUUUUUGCAUUUACGGGAAUCUUCCAUUUUCCCUUGCAAAUGUGAAGGGGUUAUUGUCCUAUACAGAAAUUCCCUAAUAAUCAGGCUUUUCUUUUAAAACUACAAUUAUGCAUUAUUUUUACAAGCUGCGGUGGAGUUAAAUCCCUCUGUUGUCUGCUGUCACAGGCUAUUGAGGAAACGCACCAUUUAACAACCUCUCCACUGUAAUAUUUUACUGCAGCACUAAUGCCAGGUCUCAGAUGUAACAAUGAGUGGAAGUUUAACCAACAGAACACAUUUGAGAGACGCCUUCGAGAUUUUACUGCUUCAUCCCAUGCAGUGAAAAUCCUCCUAUUAUAAGAUGACAAAUCUAACACAGACUAACAGCUGCGUUGGAUGAUUCUCUUGGUUUAUGUCGAUGUUGCUAGUUUUGAAGUUAAAGUGCAAUAAUUUCAGGUGCAGAAUUUCUACUGAGGAAAUACUGGUAUAACCACAAAGCGGUGGAUAGCCAAGCAGGAUCCAUGUUGUUAUCAGCAUUUAAUUUGAUACAUUUUGAUAUUGAGCAUUGAUGUCCUUUUAAGUAGCCUGUUUCCUUUAUACACUGUGAAAACGUAGGCGCUCUGUACACUUGGUUUUAAUAUGCAUCUUGGGCAAUCGGAUCGCAAGUAGACAGCCAGGACACAUCACCUUUUGCACCUGUAUCUAUCAUGCAUCUCCAAAGUGUCCAGCUGACUGUUUUUGUCAGAGUUUACAAAAGAUAUGUGAUCAAAUGCAUCCCAGACCACUUCCGCACAUGGGUUGAGUGAUGACAUCACAUCACAUGGCAUCUUGGUGUCUGCUUACAUUUGUAUUUAGUACUGGGUGCUGCAUUUUGAAGCCAAGUGUAAAUGGGGCUUUCUACAUGCCAAUGUGUCUCGUGCUUCAGGUGAAGCACUAUCUGAAGGUGAGAAUGUGAUAUGGAGAAAUGGCUUUACGAUGGUUGUUAGAAUGUUGUUUUUGUGUUUGAAGUAUUACCUUCAUUCAUGCACAGAACCCCUCUACCUGUAUCUACGUGUGGUUUCCGGACUUGUGUUAGAUGUUAUAGAGCAGUUUUUUGUGACUGGUUGCUUCUGGGGUUGGUCCUGCUAAUUUUAGGAAGAACGCUUAUCAUUUUCAGGAUCAUUUAAUUUCUGUUUUAUGUAAUAUGGGCUUGAACAGACAAAACCAUUUGAAGUGAAAACACAUACUGUCAUAGUACAAUGUUUCUCAAACCUGGCCUCGGGGACCUCCAGACAGUCCGUGUUUUUGCUCCAUCCCAGACUGCCCACAUUUUUGUUCCGUUCCAGUUGGGAGGGAGCAAAAACACAGACUGUCUGGAGGUCCCCCAGGACCAGGUAGGGAAACACUGUCUUAGUAGUUGAGAGCAUCUCAGUGGGUUAAUUUGUCUACAGAGCUGUGAUGUAGCAUCUUGCCCAGAUGCACCGUGCCAUUUCUAAUGUCAGUUUAUAUUCCACUGGGGUGGGAUGAGGGGCACCUGUAUCAGUCCUACAGCCCUGAAAAGUUGACAGUGGGUAAUUUGCAUUUAAACCUAAAGUCAUUUUUAGAACUGAAAUGUAGCGUCAGGUCUGGGGUUAUGUGUGGUUUUGUUUAACCAAGGAAACACCUAAAAUAGCUGCUGAACAGGAAGAAAAGGUCCAAGUCCUCGGUUUUUAUAUUCAGAGAUGUCAUUUAAGUAAACAUUCUAGCUUCUCUUCCUUAAAGGCUGGGUAGAUGGUAUCUUUUGGUUUCUCUUUGUAACAUUAUAAGCAGUAUUAUACACGGUAUAAUGUCAAAGGUUUCUUUUAGUCUUGGGGAAGUUUGCCUGCUCUUACUGUACUUGUAAUGCUACACUGUAGACAUGCAGGGUCUAUUCCUCUUCAUAUGUUAAUGCUAUGUAUUCUGUACAUGUUUUUGCUGUUUGUCAUUUUAACAUUGUGAAUCACCAGCUUUUAAGCUUUUUUUAUACAUUUUUUAUUAAACAGCCACUGUGUAAUGCCACAUUUCAUGCAUUAAACACUUGUACUUUUCUGAUCUCA